AUGUCCUCAUUAGCAGCAUCACCACUACAACAUACCAAGGACUAUGGUGGAUCAUUUGUGCAUAGCUACGGCUCAAAGACAUUCAUCAGGCCUAAAAUUGACGAUGUGUUGGAUGCAGUCGUACAGGCAAAAUUCAAUGAAAAGAAAUGGGUUUGGAUACAAGACGACAAGGAAGGCUAUGUGAGAGGGCAUGUUAUCAAGGAAGAGGAGGGCUCAGAAGUAGAGGUAGAAUAUGAGCGAGGAGGGACUGGCAUUAUCCCUCAAUCACAGAUACAGCCCAUGAAUCCGCCUAAAUUUGACAUGGUCGAUGAUAUGGCUGAACUCACCUACUUGAAUGAGCCUUCUGUGAUUCACAAUCUCACGCUUCGCUACAAGGCAAGCCAUGUAUAUACCUACUCUGGCCUCUUUUUGGUCGCAGUGAAUCCCUAUAGAAAUCUCCCUAUCUACACUGAAAACUACAUUCAAUCCUACAAGGGCAAGAGACGUGGAGAGAUGCCGCCUCACAUCUAUGCUGUUGCAGAUCAAGCCUACCACGACAUGGUGCAAGACAAGGAGAAUCAGUCCAUUUUGAUCACGGGUGAAUCGGGUGCAGGCAAAACUGAGAACACCAAAAUUGUAAUCCAAUACCUGACAGCAGUGGCAACCACUAACAGCAAUAGCAGCAAGAAAUCAGUGACCACAUCAGAGCAGCAUGCCAACCGACUCCAAAACCAAAUCUUGCAAGCAAAUCCAGUGCUUGAGUCGUUUGGUAAUGCGCAAACUAUCCGCAACAACAAUUCAUCAAGAUUUGGUAAAUUCAUUCGCAUCGAAUUCAACAACAGAGCCCAAAUUUGCGGUGCCAAUAUCGAGUGGUAUUUGCUUGAAAAAUCAAGAGUGCAUCAGCAGACGUCAAGAGAGAGAAACUACCAUAUAUUCUACCAGCUGUUGGAAGCUGAUGAAGAGCUAAAAAGGCAAUUGCUGUUGGAUGGAGAUGUCAACAGCUACAACUUUAUCAAGCAUUCCAACAAGAAAAUCGAAGGUGUCGAUGACGCCAAAGAAUACCAAAGCCUGUCUAAAUCGUUGGAUAUCAUGGGAUUGGAGGAAAAAGAGAAGCUGGAUCUGUUCAGGGUAGUGGCAUCCAUACUUCACCUGGGCAAUAUUUCCGUCACCGAUUACAGAGACAGAGCUGAUAUCAAGGAUUUUGCCGCUGUGGAGAGAGUAUGUCAUUUACUAGGCAUUUCUGCCGAAGAAUUUAAAAAGAGUCUGUUGUCUCCCCGCAUCAAGGCAGGCAGAGACUGGGUCACUCAGGCCAAAUCACCAGCCCAAGUUGUAGCCAGUAUCGACGCACUAGCAAAGACGCUGUAUGAGAGAAAUUUUGCCUAUCUGGUAGAGAGAAUCAACAAAGCGAUUGAUGGCUACAAGUCAAAGGACAAGCUGGGCUUUAUCGGCGUGCUGGAUAUCGCAGGCUUUGAAAUUUUCGAAUCCAACAGCUUUGAACAACUCUGCAUCAAUUACACCAACGAGAAACUGCAGCAGUUCUUCAACCAAAACAUGUUUGAAUUGGAGCAAGAAGAGUAUCAAAAGGAAAAGAUUGAUUGGAACUACAUUGAUUUUGGAAAAGAUCUUCAGCCAACCAUUGAUCUGAUCGAAAAGACCAAUCCUGUUGGUAUUCUGUCUUGUUUGGAGGAGGAAUGUGUUGCGCCCAGAGGAAGCGAUCAGCGUUUCUUGGAGAAACUCAAUAAAUUUUGCGACAAGGACAACCCGGAAGCCAAAUACAAGAGCACGCGAUUUCAAGAUGGCUUCAUUCUCAAGCACUACGCCGGCGAUGUUGAAUACUCAGUAGACGGCUGGAUAGAAAAGAACAAAGAUCCUCUCAACGAAGACAUUACCCGCUUGUUGGCCAAAUCUACACAGAAGCACGUAGCCAAUCUUUUUGAAGACUACCUUUCAGAUCAAGAUGAAAAGAUAGCGACCAAGCUCAGUUCUGGUGCCUCUGUAUCAUCAACCACAGCAGCCUCCACUACGUCAUUCUCAUCCAUGCUCAAAUUACGCAAAGGCAGUGGCUCCUUUCGAACUGUUGGCCAGCGUCACAAACAGCAGUUACUCUCAUUGAUGAAUACAUUGCACAUGACACAUCCUCAUUUCGUGCGUUGUAUACUGCCAAAUGACCGCAAAUACCCAGGCGAGAUUCAAACAAAGCUAGUGCUGGAUCAGCUCAGAUGCAAUGGUGUGCUGGAAGGUAUUCGUAUCUGCAGAAAGGGCUUCCCCAACCGCCUCUCCUUCGAUGACUUUAGAAAGCGCUAUCAAGUAUUUUGCCCUGAUCUAAUGGAUCGCAAUGCAUUCAUUGAUGGACGAACAGCCUGUCAAAUGCUGGUGAAACAAAUGAGUCUGUCAACUGAUAGCUACCAGAUUGGUACCACCAAGAUCUUUUUCAAAGCAACAGUGCUUGCAUCUCUGGAAGAGCUUCGGGACAACAAACUGAGCGCGUGCAUCACUCAAUUCCAAGCCAUGUGCCGUGGAAGAAUGGCGCGUCAAUACCAGACAAGGUUCUCGCGUCAAACAGAUGCUAUCCGUGUCAUGCAACGCAAUGCUCGCAUUUAUGUUACCUUGCGCGAAUGGCCUUGGUGGAAAAUCUAUGCCAAACUCAAGCCCUUGAACGCUGCUUACCGUGUGGACAGUCAAAUGCGUGAAAAAGAGCAAAAGAUUACAUCUUUGGAAGGCGAAAUCAAGGAACAGCAUGAUAUGAUUGCAGAACUCAUGAGCCGAAAUCAAGAAUUAGAGAGCGAACAUUCAGACUUCAAAGAGCUGAUCAUGGAAGAGCAGAAUAUCAUUCGAGAGCUGGAAGAGACAAAAGAUGAUCUGGUGCGAAAAUUCACAACAUCAGAAGAGCGCGUGGAGGAACUCGAGCAAGAGCUUUCGGAGAAAUCAGAGUUUGUAGAAGAGCAACAAAAGACCAUUGAUGCGCAAGCUGAAACGAUAGAGCAACUCACCACACAAGUCGACACAUCCAAGCUUGUGCAAGACCGUCUGACGCAUGAAUUAGAGUCAUUGAGAGAACAAGUGCAGGAAUCAACAGAUCAAUUAGCCAUCGUCAGUGAAGAAAAGGGAUCCAUUGAGCAAACGAUAGCCGCAUUACAAGCACAAGUGGAAAAAAGUAUUACUAAUCUAACCACGCUAGAAGAAACAGUGGGCUCUCAAAGCCAACAAAUUGAAGCGUUAGAGAACAACAACAAGGAGUACGAAGAGAAUAUAUCCGCUAAACAUGCAGAAAUCGAGAAACUAAAGGAAGCAUUACGAUCAAGUCAAGAGAACGAAAAGAGAGCUCAGGAGAAAAGCGAUGCUCGUGCAGCAGAAUUGCAAGAACUCACAUCAUCAUUGGAUGCAGAGACAAAAUCAAGGCAAGAAUGGGAAGCCAAGUAUGCUCAUCUUAAAGAAGACUGGGAUGCUCUCACUGCGCUUGUCAGAGCAGAGUCGGAGCAAGCAAAGGCCAAGAUGUCAAGAUUUGACCAAGUGUUGAAUGGCUUGAAAUUCAUUCAAUCCGAAUAG